AAAAUAAGUAAUCACAACUUAAUAGGGAGUAAACCCUGUCGGUCCUAUCGAAUUCUACAGAUGAAAUUCAGAAAACCGUGAAGUUGCGCAGUCUAUAAUACAAAAAAAUAAUUUUCCUCUUCUCAUUGAAGAAAAACAAUUCCUUUAAUAGUAAACCGAAGGAAUGUCCUUUUAGUUCAAUCAAUUUUCCAUAGUAUCAAGGUUCAUUGAAAUUUACCUCAUUUCGAAAAAGGAGGGGGAAUUAAUUAUUUUUAAUGUAUGCUUCUUGAAUAGAGGGAUCAUUUCUACCUCGUUACAAUUCAGUAUUGUCUGUAAAAAGUGUACCGGUUGUGAAAAUGUUGGGUCCUUUAGUGGGUGUUGAGGAAUGUGAGGAAAUUGACCCAAAAAUUCAAGAUAUCAUCUCCAAAAGGAUAAAACACAAAAAGUUGGACCAGAAGAACAAAUUUGAAAGAGAAGUGCAAGAUGCUGUUGUGCUAAAUAACCCUUAUUAUAGCGAAAAAUAUAGGAAAUCAUAUGAGAAAUCAAUUUACAAUCCAGAAGAAUUUUGGGGAGAAAUCGGGAAUUGCAUCGAAUGGAGCAAACCUUGGAAAAAAGUGUUAGAUGAUAGCGAUCAACCAUUUACAAAAUGGUUUGUUGGUGGAGAAACAAACGCUUGCUACAACGCAGUCGACAGACAUGUCUUAGCAGGAAAAGGUUCGAAAGUUGCCCUCAUUCAUGACAGCCCACUGACAAAAACCGUGAGGAAGGUGACCUAUGCAGAAUUGCUGGAUGAAGUUUCCCAUUUGGCUGGGUGCUUAUCGAAGCUGGGAGUUGGAAAAGGGGACAGAGUACUGAUUUACAUGCCUCUCAUCCCUGAGGCUGUAUUCUCGAUGCUGGCCACUGCAAGAUUAGGGGCCGUUCAUUCAGUGGUGUUUGGAGGGUUCGCAUCUAGGGAGUUGAGCACCCGAAUUGUUCAUUCCGAACCCAAAGUAAUAAUCGCAGCAAGUUGUGGAAUCGAACCUCAAAGAAUAAUUAGAUAUAAAGACAUACUGAAUGAGGCACUAGAGAUGUCUUCGCAUAAACCGAAUAAAUGUAUUAUUUACCAAAGAAGAAACGUCGAAAGUUGUCCAUUAGAUGUAGAGAUGGAUUUGGUAUGGGAGGAUGCCCUCAAGUUUGGUGGACCACAUGACUGCGUACCGGUAGAAGCAAACGAUCCUCUAUAUAUUUUGUAUACCUCAGGCACUACAGAUCAACCAAAAGGAAUCCAAAGACCAGUAGGAGGUCAUAUAGCUACGCUGUGUUGGACUAUGAGCGUAGUUUAUGGAAUGGGCCCAAACGAUAUUUGGUGGGCUGCCAGUGACCUUGGAUGGGUAGUUGGUCAUUCGUAUAUUUGCUACGGCCCACUUUUAGCAGGGUUGACAAGUGUAAUGUAUGAGGGAAAGCCUGAUCGAACUCCUGACCCAGGACAAUAUUUCAGAAUAAUAAGCGAGCAUAAAGUCAAUGGACUGUUCACGGUACCUACCGCAUUUCGGGUAAUCAGAAGAGAAGAUCCAAAUGUGGAAUUUGGCAGAAAAUACGACAUUAAAAGUUUGAGGGUUAUAAUAGUAGCAGGAGAGCAUUGUGAUUACGAAACCAAACAAUGGGGCGAGAGGAUAUUCAACGUCCCAAUUCUGAACCAAUGGUGGCAGACAGAAACUGGUCACGUUAUGGCGGCACACUGUGUUGGGUUCGGUCAUAGCACGGAACCGCCAAAACAUAGCGCUGGUAUGGCGUUUCCUGGAUACGACAUAAGGAUAUUACGUGAAAACGGUUCAGAAGCCGCCGAUAAUGAACUAGGGAGGAUCGUAGUAAGGUUGCCAUUGCCACCUGGAACUAUGUCAACACUCUACCAGGCACCGGAAAAGUUCUGCCAACUAUACUUCCAAAGAUACCCGGGUUUCUACGAUACGAUGGAUGCGGGAUAUAAGGACGAAUAUGGAUAUAUUUACGUGACGGCUAGAGAUGACGAUGUUAUAAAUGUAGCAGGUCACAGGAUAUCCACUUCAGCUCUGGAAGAUGUGGUUUUAGCACAUCCGGAUGUUGCCGAUGCGACAGUCGUGGGCGUUCCAGAAUCUACGAAGGGCGAAGUACCUUUGUGCCUAUUCGUUCUCAAAAAAGAUUCGCUCAAAACGGAAGGUGCUGUGUGUCGAGAUGUCAUCAGAAUGGUGCGAGAAUUAGUGGGACCUAUAGCGGCCUUUAGACUAGCUGUUGCUGUCAAAGGACUACCCCGUACGCGAUCAGGAAAGCUCUGCAGGAAAAGCAUAGCCGAUUUAGCAAGAAAUAAGGAAAUAAGGAUACCUGCGACAGUCGAAGAUCCAUCAGUUUACAAAGAUAUCAAAGCAUCUCUGCAGAAGCUGGGAUUCGCUUGUUCAUUGCCAGAAUUUCCAUAAACUAGAUUAAAAUAUUUUAAAUCCAGAUUUUGUUACAGAUAUUUCAAAUUAUACUAAUCACAAAUUAUAUCUCGUCGAUAAUACUCGAUGAUGUUUUUGGUGUAGAUUUUUUUUAUAUUUAAUAAAUCGAGAUGAAAUGUG